CCCGCCUGUCACUGCUGCUGCUGCCGCGCCGCGGAAACGGUGCCGGGAACCGAGUGAGCCGGGGCCGCGGGCCCGAGCGCCAUGGGCCGGAAGGCGUGCGGAGGGCGGCUGGUCAGCCCCGGGCCUCACCCCCGCAGGAGAGCCGCCUGGAGACGGCAGGGGCCGGCCGGUCCCACGGGGAGGCCGGCCCGCGCCCCAUGAGCUGCGGACACCAGCCUCACCUUGUCCCCAGAGCCCGGACUCCCCCUAACUGCUUGGGAAACGUGACCUUUACUCUGGGGGCCCUGGCCCUGCAGGCUCCAGCCUUCUCUCGGCCUUGGGGGACCCCUUGGGCCUCUGCCCCUGACCCCACCCCCAGGCCAGGCUCUCGAAGCUGGCCUCUGAGACUGGGUCUUGGAGCAAGUGGGCGCCUGUGCCAGACCCACCUGUGCUGGGGCUGUGACCCUUCCCGACAGGGCGCUCACCAUGGCCCCGCCGCUCCUGCUGCUGCUGCUGGCCAGUGGAGCGGCCGCCUGCCCCCUGCCCUGCGUCUGCCAGAACCUGUCCGAGUCGCUCAGCACCCUCUGUGCCCACCGAGGCCUGCUGUUCGUGCCGCCCAACGUGGACCGGCGCACAGUGGAGCUGCGGCUGGCUGACAACUUCAUCCAGGCCUUAGGGCCGCCAGACUUCCGCAACAUGACGGGGCUGGUGGACCUGACACUGUCCCGCAACGCCAUCACCCGCAUCGGGGCCCGCGCCUUCGGGGACCUGGAGAGCCUGCGCUCCCUGCACCUGGAUGGCAACAGGCUGGUGGAGCUGGGCACUGGCAGCCUGCGGGGCCCCGUCAACCUGCAGCACCUCAUUCUCAGCGGCAACCAGCUGGGCCGCAUCGCGCCGGGGGCCUUCGACGACUUCCUGGACAGCCUGGAGGACCUGGACCUGUCCUACAACAACCUGCGGCAGGUGCCCUGGGCCGGCAUCGGCGCCAUGCCUGCCCUGCACACCCUCAACCUGGACCACAACCUCAUCGACGCAUUGCCCCCGGGCGCCUUUGCCCAACUCAGCCAGCUCUCCCGCCUCGACCUCACCUCCAACCGCCUCGCCACGCUGGCGCCCGACCCGCUCUUCUCCCGGGGGCGCAACGCCGAGGCCUCGCCUGCCCCGCUGGUGCUGAGCUUCAGUGGGAACCCCCUGCACUGCAACUGCGAACUGCUGUGGCUGCGGCGGCUCGCCCGGCCCGACGACCUGGAGACGUGCGCCUCCCCGCCCGGCCUAGCCGGCCGCUACUUCUGGGCGGUGCCCGAGGGCGAGUUCUCCUGUGAGCCGCCCCUCAUUGCCCGCCACACGCAGCGCCUCUGGGUGCUGGAGGGCCAGCGGGCCACACUGCGGUGCCGGGCCCUCGGCGACCCUGCGCCCACCAUGCACUGGGUCGGCCCUGACGACCGGUUGGUCGGCAACUCCUCCCGAGCCCGGGCUUUCCCCAACGGGACCCUGGAGAUUGGGGUGACGGGUUCCGCGGACGCGGGGGGCUACACCUGCAUUGCCACCAACCCUGCUGGCGAGGCCACAGCCCGGGUAGAACUACGGGUGCUGGCCUUACCUCACGGAGGGAACGGCAGUACCGAGGGGGCCCGCCCGGGGCCCUCGGACAUCGCCGCCUCAGCCCGCACUGCUGCCGAGGGCGAGGGGACGCUGGAGUCUGAGCCAGCUGUGCAGGUGACUGAGGUGACCGCCACCUCAGGGCUAGUGAGCUGGGGGCCAGGGCGGCCGGCAGACCCUGUGUGGAUGUUCCAAAUCCAGUACAACAGCAGCGAGGACGAGACCCUCAUGUACCGGAUCGUCCCAGCCUCCAGCCACCACUUCCUGCUGAAACACCUGGUCCCGGGUGCCGACUAUGACCUCUGUCUGCUGGCCCUGUCACCCGCUGCUGGGCCUUCCGACCUCACAGCCACUAGGCUGCUGGGCUGUGCCCACUUUUCCACGCUGCCAGCCACGCCCCUGUGCCACGCCCUGCAGGCCCACGUGCUGGGCGGGACCCUGACCGUGGCUGUCGGGGGGGUGCUGGUGGCUGCCUUACUGGUCUUCACUGUGGCCUUGCUGGUUCGGGGCCGGGGGGCCGGGAAUGGCCGCCUCCCCCUCAAGCUCAGCCACGUCCAAUCCCAGACCAACGGGGGCCCCAGCCCCACACCCAAGACGCACCCACCGCGGAGCCCCCCGCCUCGCCCCCAGCGCAGCUGCUCCCUGGACCUGGGAGACACGGGCGGGUGCUACGGGUACGCCAGGCGCCUCGGAGGGGCCUGGGCCCGACGGAGCCACUCUGUGCACGGGGGGCUGCUUGGGGCUGGGUGCCGGGGCAUGGGGGGCAGCGCCGAGCGGCUGGAAGAGAGUGUGGUGUGAUGGUAAGGGAGCCAGACUGGGGUGGGCAGCACAGGGUGGGUGGGCAGCCUCCUGGCCCGGUGGGUCAGCGCUGCCUGGGAGUCCCUCCUGGUUUUACCCUGGGUCCCUUGGGCAGAACUUCUCCCUGGUUCUGGCCUCCAGUUGGGUGAAACGGGACAGGUAGGUCCCUGUGACAGGUGCUCACGGCCUCCGAGGCAGGGGCUGCAGCCACCAAGUGCAAGUCUUGUUUUUCUUUAUAAUAAAAUUACUGGGGUCACCUCAGCGGUAGUCUCUGGUCUCACCCUGCUACGUUCCCUGAAAAGAGAGGGGGCCUCCGGGCCAGUGGAGGCACAAACAAGAUGGGGUCAGCACUGGGGCUACCAGCCCUGUGGAGGGCCAGCCAGCCUGGGGUGCCCUCGGGCCCUGGAGUGCUAUGGGGCCCAGCGCCUCUGCUCUGUGCCCACGUCUGAGCGCAGGGAACACCCCUUCCUGCCAGCGCGUGGGCAGGAUGUCUCACCCUCACCUGGCAUGGGCGUUACAGUGCACAGGGCAGCAAAGGGAGCAGGUGGGAGGCGGUGCCGCCCUUCUGGGCAAAGGGACCUGGGCUGGUAACGUUCUUAGCAGCUCAGUAAGGAAGUCCCCUUUGGCUCCCGUGGGUGACAGCCUUAUUUACCAUCGGUCAGGGCACCUUCUGGAUGUGUAAAAUGUCAUCCCAAAGGGACUGGAAAGGGACUUGGAAUCCUGUUGCCCUGCUCCCAGUCUGGGGCCCCCUAGAAGGUUCCUGUCAGGGAUGCAGGCCCUGAGCAAGAUGUUGGCUCUCAACUGCUCCACUGACGCCCCUCGUGGCUUUGCUCCUGCUGGACACCCAGGGGCAAACACCAAGGGAGACCACGCCCGCAUGGUCACUGCUCUAGUCCCCGC